GGUAUUAUGCCACAUAACUGUUAAUUACAGAUUUUAUUUCGUUUCGAACAAAAUAGACGUUGAUUGUUCAUGCUUAGUCGAUUAUUGUUAGUACAGUUCUGCUAAUUGCCUCACAAAUUAAGCAGAGCACCAAUGUUUGAGGUGACGCUAGGUUUGUAUGCUACAAUGGUCGGGCCUAGAAACACCAAUGCAAUAUUGCUCAUCGUUAUUUGUUUAGUUGUGGUCCACAUAAUUUACUUGCAGAAAUACAUUGGUAAAAAUAAGUCGAUAAAUAAAACGACACCAUUCGUUUCUCAUCAAACUACCACACCACCAGUUAACGAGCAACAGAACAAACCAGGUUAUAACUUUAUUGUGCAGCCGAAUCCAACAAGAAAAUGUGAAAAGAAAUGUCCAGACUAUCAAAACAAAAAUCACUGUCGGGUUUUCAUUUUCGUAAAAUCUUCUUAUUCGGGGGUCCACAAAAGAAACAUGAUCCGAAAUACGUGGGCAUCUGUAAGCUACAUUGAAGGUUGUGCUUUCAUGACUACGUUUGUUAUGGGCAACCCUUUAAAUGACACGAAGGCGGCAGUAAAGCAAGAAAUGUUGGUUCACUCGGAUAUUUUGCAAUAUGAUGGACCUGACGAUUACAGGUCACCCAACAGCAAAUGGUUUAUUUCGAUCGAUAAGUACAAAUGGCCUUCCUACCCAAACUUUUGCUUGGGCGGGAUGUACACUACCAGUAUUAGUGUGGUCUCGCAGCUGCUGGAAACAGCACAAUCCACCAGACCUCUGCACUUAGACGAUGUGUGGAUAACUGGCAUACUUCGUUUAAAACUAGGGUUGCCCGACACGAUGUUAAUUGCUCCUAACCAAAGUUUAUCCGUGCACUUGGGAGGGUUUUCUGGAAUGAAUGCAGAGCGAUCGUUAGAAGUAGUUCGUCGCCAAUGGGCACCGAUUUUUAAUUCACUUCCGAAAGAGACUUGCUUUUGCAAAUGAUAGUUACAAAGUUGUGCACAGACUAUAUUGG